AGGAUGGAGGCGGACAACUAUUUGACAGUUUGUUAGAUAGCUAACCAGCCCCGAAGUGAAGGGUUUCUGUGGAUAGAUUGGAUUUAUAGCCGUGCAAGUUUGGUCAUCACAUUGACUCUAAUCGCACAAUGUCAUCGUUUGACGAAAACAACAAAGAAAGGCUGCGCUCUGUGUCUGUGGACUUAAACAAUGAUGCAUCUCUUCUCAUCGACAUCCCCGACGCGCUCUGUGAACGGGACAAAGUCAAGUUCACGGUCCACACAAAGACCACACUAAGCUCAUUCCAGAAGCCAGAUUUCUCUGUUCCCAGGCAGCAUGAAGACUUUAUCUGGUUGCACGACACUUUGGUUGAAACUGAAGACUAUGCUGGUCUAAUAAUACCUCCAGCCCCCCCAAAGCCUGACUUUGAGAGCCCCAGGGAGAAGAUGCACAAACUUGGGGAGGGGGAAGCCACCAUGACAAAAGAGGAGUACACUAAAAUGAAGCAGGAGCUGGAGGCCGAAUACCUGGCUGUCUUCAAGAAAACCGUCCAAGUGCACGAAGUCUUCCUGCAAAGAUUGUCCUCUCAUCCCGUUCUAAGCAAAGACAGAAACUUUCAGAUUUUUCUGGAGUAUGACCAGGAUCUGAGUGUCAGGAGAAAGAAUGCCAAGGAAAUGUUCGGAGGGUUCUUUAAAAACAUGGUGAAGUCUGCAGACGAGGUCCUCAUCGCCGGCGUGAAGGAAGUGGACGACUUUUUUGAGCAGGAGAAGACGUUUUUGCUCGACUACUUCAGCAAGAUCAAAGAAGCCACUGCCAAAGCGGAGAAAAUGACACGCUCACACAAAAAUAUUGCAGAUGAUUACAUUCGUCUUUCUGCCACUUUAAACAGUCUGUCUGCUGAAGAGAGCACAGCAAACACCAAGACCUUGGACCACAUCUCGGAUCUGUUUGAGAAGCUCAGAAAAGUGGAAGGAAGAGUUGCAUCUGAUGAGGAGCUGAAACUCACAGAGCUGCUGAGAUAUUACAUGAGGGACAUCCAAGCUGCAAAGGACCUUCUGUACCGGAGAGCCCGAGCUUUGGCCGACUACGAGAACUCCAACAAGGCUCUGGACAAAGCUCGGCUCAAAGGCAAGGACGUUUCUCAGGCAGAGGAGCACCAGAAGCGCUGCCUGCAGAAAUUUGACACUCUCUCCGAGUCGGGAAAGAAAGAACUGACUAACUUCAAGGCCAGGCGUGUUGUGGCCUUCAGGAAGAACCUGGUAGAAAUGGCUGAGCUUGAAGUAAAACACGCCAAGAACAACAUGACUCUAUUGCAAGGAUGCAUCGAGCUGCUCAGCGGUAACUGACGGCCGCGUCGGCGUUCAUGUCCCCCCUUCACCGAGCGGCUGGUCGUCCUCAGCGCCGUUCACGGACUCGGUUUGAAGGCCCGUCUCUCUCCACACCCGGGUCCGAUGCCACUUUCUAAGCAGAACGUCUGUAUGUUUACAGUCCUCCGCCUCUGCUUCACCCGUGGAGCACCGUCUGACCGAGACGGUCAGAAUUCAUAUCUGUGUUUUCACGACACUUCAUUGUAUUUCCUGCCUUUUGAUGAUGUUUUUGUCCUUAAAAAGAGCAGCUGGACACACUUUUUCCCCUUCAUUUAUGUCUUUUGGUGUAAACAUUUUUCCACUUAAGCAGCACCAGUUCCUGGGAGGUUUUUCCUGGACUCUCAGGCCUCUUGACAGUAGUGUACAAACACACCCAGAAAGUUUUGAUUUUUCUUUUUUACAAAAACAAAUUUGUUGUGAUUGAAGAAAGCAGGAAUUGGACUGUCGGAUCCGUCGCCUUACUUUCACGUCUUUGUGAUGGAGGAACUGAGUCAAAUCCAGGCUAAAAAUCCUCAUGAAGCAACAGUCUGCAUGUGGACUAAAGGUCCAUAUUUGCACCACGUGUUGAAUGUCCUCAGCAUCUCAUCCAUCCCAUCCAGCUCAGUCCUUUAAGUGCUUUCCUUUCCAGCUCCUGUUUCAUUUUCGGUAUCGUUCAUUAAGCUUAAUAUAUUUCAACUAAGAUUCAAAGUAAAAAAAAAAAAAAAAAGAUGCACUAAUGAUAUUGUAAGAAAAUACGUUUUACAAUCAAACAAAGCUCAGUGGGUUGUUGAAAUGCAUUAUAGUUUUGUAUGAAAUUGAAUGUAUUUCUAAAAGAUUCCAACUAUGCGACUUUCUUUUCAAAGUACUUUUCUAGUGAAACAUUUGUAAAUUUGUGAUAAAACAAUUAUACUUUCCCAAAUCCCA